AUGGGUGAUACGUAUGGACAAAUAGUAGCUGGUGGCAAUGGCGAAGGAAAUCGAUUGGACCAAUUGGCUCAACCAACCGACGUGUUGAUCGACAAAGAGACGGAUAGUCUCAUUAUUUGUGAUAAAGAGAAUUGGCGAGUCAUACGAUGGUCUCGUCGUAGUGGUACAACUCAAGGAGAAAUCCUCAUCGAUAACAUCGAUUGUUAUGGAUUGGCCAUAGAUGAUCAGAGAUAUCUCUACAUCUCUGACUACGACAAACAUGAAGUAAGACGAUAUCAAAUAGGAGACAAGAAUGGAACUCUUGUAGCUGGUGACAAUGGCGAAGGUGCUGGUCUCAAUCAACUCAACUUUCCGACCUACAUCUUUGUCGAUCAACAACAGACUGUCCACGUAUCAGACAGCCUCAAUCAUCGCGUGAUGAAAUGGAAUAAAGGUGCAAAAGAAGGAAUUGUCGUCGCUGGAGGUCAAGCCGAAGGGAAUGCUCUGACACAGAUGUAUUAUCCUAAUGGACUGUUCGUCGAUACAUUGGGUACCAUCUACGUAGCAGACUCGCUCAAUUAUCGAGUGAUGCGUUGGCCUAAAGGAGCGAAACAGGGCACUGUCAUUGUGGGUGGAAAUGUCCCAGGAGCAGAAGCAAAUCAGUUCAAUUUUCUUGGAGGUGGAUUUAUUACAACAGAAAAGAAUGAAACAAGAUAUAUUCUUCUUUUGAAUAAAAAUUUAUUUAUAUCGACAUAUCUAUUCUAUACACAUCAAGAUCAACAAUUUGUUAUUCAUGUACAAGUAUGUAUUAAUCAAUGA